UACGAAAUACUGCCGUACAGUAAAUAUUUUGCACUACUCACAUAUCUUUGGUUUUAACUAUAAUGUUUUGGUUAUAAAUGUUUGUGAUUAUAUUGCGCGGAAGGAACGUCGGUGUAUAGGUUGUUGUGGCCGGAACGAAGGUCAUCGUUGGCAAAGUAAGAACUAAGUCAUUAUGACCCAGUUUCUUCCACCAAAUUUGCUAGCCCUUUUUGCCCCACGCGAUCCCGUACCAUAUCUUCCUCCACCAGAUAAAUUACCCCAUGAAAAGAAAAAUCGUGGUUAUGUUGGAGUUGGCUGUUUUCUUCAGUAUUUUGAGGAUCCAAAGGACACUCCUCCUCCUACCAGGGUGGAAACAAGGGAUGAGCGACUAGAACGAAGGAGACGAGAGAGGGCAGAACAGGUUGCAUAUAAGCUAGAACAGGAGAUUGCUGUGUGGGAUCCUCACAGUAUUCCAACUGCUACUGGUGAUCCUUUCAAAACAUUAUUUGUAGCUCGCAUUAAUUAUGACUCUUCAGAAUCUAAAUUGCGAAGAGAGUUUGAAGUGUAUGGACCAAUUAAAAAGAUUGUGGUGACUCACAAUACAGUAAAUGGCAAGCCACGGGGUUACGCGUUCAUCGAGUAUGAACAUGAGCGGGACAUGCACUCUGCCUACAAGCAUGCUGAUGGUAAGAAGAUCGACGGCCGACGUGUGUUGGUAGACGUUGAGAGAGCACGUACUGUUAAAGGCUGGCUUCCAAGACGUCUUGGUGGUGGUUUGGGUGGUACUCGACGAGGAGGCCCUGAUGUGAACAUCAAACAUUCGGGACGUGAAGACAAUGAACGGGAAAGAGAACGAUAUAGAUUGGAAAGAGAGCGUGAAUCUGCCCGUGGUGGUGGCAAUCCUGACAGGGAUCGUGUAGAGAGAGAGCGGCCUGACAGGGAAAGAAGGCGCACUCGAAGCAGGGAGAGGGAGAGGGUUGAUAGAGAGAAGCGCAGGAAAUCCAGAAGUCGUUCGAGGGACAGAAAACGUCGUCGCAGCCGUGAACGUGUUAAGGAGAAGGAUCCGGACAUUGAAGAAGUUGAACGAGAUGAUCGUGACCGAGUUCGUGACAGGGAUAGGGAGCGCGAUCGGGAAAGAGACCGCGAACGUAAGCGAAGGCGUAGCCGUUCCAGAGAAAGAGACAGAGAACGUGAGCGUGGUGACAGAGACCGUAAAAGGGAUAGAAGAGACAGAGAACGUGAUAGAGGAGAAAGGGAUGUGAAGGAUCGCAGAGAUCGUGAGUUUGAGCGUUCAGAAGAGAAAGAAAUCAGAAUCAAGCAAGAACCACCAGAUGAUUAUCCUGAUUAUGCUGCAACAAAUUAUGAGGAGGGAAAUUAUGAUGAUACCACCGUUAAGUACGAACGAGAUGAUGACAGAUACCAGGAGGGAGAGGAGGAAAGUGAAACUAAUGGAAGAAAUUACAAUAAUGAAUAUGAAGGAGAGGAUUAUUGAGGAUGCAGGCCUUUUAAAUGAGAUUUCUUUAAUUUGUGGAGAUUGAUACAUUCUGCUGUGUAGGUACCUCACUGUAUUGUGUUCUUUCCCGAGAUGAUGUUUUACAACUGACUUUAAUCCAAUAAGGAACAAAGAAAUAUAGUUUUCCCAUUUAGUGGUACAGAUUCAUAUUUCUUGUUAACAUUCUUCUCAUCUAGACACGUUUAUGUGGGAAGUGGUAAUGAUAUGUCAUGUACAUUAAUGAAUGUAAAUAGUUUUUCCGUUAGUUCUUUCUAUUUGCUUACAUUGUACUGACUGCAUUAAAAGGUGCUUACUGCUAGUGUCGCGUACAUAUACAAAUUUUUAAAAUGUGUCAUUAAGUAAAUCAGUGAAAUUGGCA